UAAUCAAAUAUACCAGCCGCCAUUAUUUGUGGUAAGUUAAGUAUAUCCAUUUCCAUUUUUUAACACAUGCUUUUAAAAAUCUAAUGGCAAGUCCUACUUACCAUAUAUCAAAUUUGUUAGAAAAGAUGUCAUCGGCUGAUAAAGACUUUAGAUUUAUGGCCACUAAUGAUUUAAUUACAGAAUUACAUAAAGAUUCAAUAAAGUUAGAUGAUGAAACAGAGAAAAAGGUAGUUAAAAUGAUUUUAAAAUUGUUAGAAGAUAAAAAUGGCGAAGUUCAAAAUUUAGCAGUGAAAUGUUUAGGACCAUUGGUCAAUAAAAUUAAACCCUAUCAGGUGGAAGAUAUUCUUAUUACCUUAUGUAACAAUAUGUUAUCAGAUAAUGAAGAGUUAAGGGAUAUAUCAAGCAUAGCUCUUAAAACGGUCAUAAAUUCCUUCCCUUUGUCAUAUCUGAAUUCAAUAUCAAGCAUUAGUCAAAAAUUAAUAAUAAAUCUAAUUAAGAUUCUUAAUAAAAAAGAUACAGCUAUACAAUUAGAAGCACUAGAUAUUAUGGGAGAUAUAUUAAAUCGUUUUGGAAGCCUUAUAAGCAAUCAACAAGCUUUAAUAGAAGAGGCCCUUAUACCAUUAAUAUCCAGUCAACGAUUAGCAGUUAGGAAGAGGAGUAUUAUUGCCCUAAGUUAUCUCACUAUAAUAUGUUCUUCAACAUUAUUUAAUAAAAUAAUGGAUUAUUUGAUUGAACAAAUCCAUACGAAUAAAGUGCCUUCAAUCACUCAUUCCUAUAUACAGUGUAUUGGAGCUAUAAGUCGAACUUCUGGAUCAAGACUGUCAUCUUAUAUCCCAAAAUUUGUACCUAUUUUGAUAGGCAUAUGCCAGGAUAAAAGUGGAACCAUGACAAUAGAAGAGAAUGAUGAAAUGAUUGAGUAUUGUUUGCAAACUUUUGAGUCCAUUUUCAAGUGUUGCUAUAAUGAAAUAUUACCACACAUGAAUGAACUGAUAGACCUUUCCUUAAAAUUUGCUUCCUAUGACCCUAACUACAAUUACGACGAUAGUCAAAUGGACUCAUCCGACUUCUUGCCUUUAAGCGAAACAAACAAAAAUAACGGUAUCGAGGAAAAAUCAAUUGCUAAUGAAAAUAAUGGCAUCGGGAACGAAGUCGAAAAUGAAGACAAUUUCAACGAUAAUGAAGAUAGCUUGGAAGAAGAUGACGAGGACAUGAGUUGGAAAGUUAGGAGAGCUGCAUCUAAAUGUCUCAAAGCCAUUAUAGAAUGCUCAACUCUGGAUAUGUUGCCACGACACUAUUCCGUAGUAUCGGCCAAACUCAUUGGGCGAUUCAAAGAACGAGAAGAAAACGUAAAACUAGAUUUGAUCCAGGCCUAUCUGGCGCUUUUAAAACAAACCAAGAUCCUUUUGUCUAGCAACGUUGAAAAUAUCGACCUUUAUAAAAAAUCUGAUAAAUACUUGGAAGAGCAUAUGGAUGAUGAUGAUGGACACCGUUUAUUAUCGCCCAUCGACAACGUUGAAUUAUCCAUUGUUGUGGGCCACAAUUUAAAGGAUCAAAUCCCCAUGUUGCUCAAAGCCUUAAAACGACUCAUCAGACACAAGAGUCAUAAAAUUAGGCAGAUAUGUUUUACUUUGCUCACCCAAUUGACAUUGACGUUGCCUGGAGGUUGUCUUAAGGACUCAAUGUCUACUCUUGUAUCUGGAAUCAUAUUCUCACUCACCGAUAAUAAUAAUACCUCGUCUGGAAUUAAAAUCGAUGUACUUACAUUUUUGAGCCACCUUCUGAAAACUCAUUCACACCAAGUGUUCUACCCCUAUAUUCAUCAACUUAUACCGGCUCUCUUGAAUGCCAUAAACGACCCAUUUUACAAGAUAGUAGCCGAGGCCCUCAACGUCACAGAACAACUAGUUCAAAUUAUGAGGCCUGCUGAAACCAAAGCUUCAUCUCAACUACCGUUCGAUUAUACACCUUACAUCGUACCCUUAUACCAAAGUACACUCCAAAGAUUGAAUAUCACUGAUAUCGAUCAAGAGGUCAAGGAACGCGCCAUAUCUUGCAUGGCCCGCAUAAUUCAAUUUUUCGGGGAUAAAUUGGAUCCUCAACUCAAUAAAACCUGUUUAUUGAUUUUUAACGAGCGAAUGAAAAACGAGAUAACUAGACUUGAAGCGGUUAAAGCUAUCAAAGACGUUACAGAAUCCCAUUUUUUUCAAAUCGAUAUCUUUCCACUUGCUAAAGAAUUUAUUCAAUCCCUGAGCCAUUUCUUACGUAAAAAUAACCGCGCCUUAAAAAUUAUAUCGCUACUCACACUAAAUUCCUUAAUUAAACGUUAUUCGGAACCAGAUUGCAUAAACGAUUAUUUGAUGAUAGAAUUGCCCGUUCUUAUCUCCGACAACGAUUUGAGAAUAACUGAUCUUGUACUUAGAUUACUUAGUACCAUAUGCCGUUUCCACCCUUCCUGCAUAUACAAAGCCUGGACCGUGGAUAAGGAUAAUAAAGGAGAUAACAAAAAUUAUUUUGUUCAAUCGCUCUGCAGAUUAAUUAUGUCCCCAUUGCUGCAAGGCGAAGCAUUGCGUUCGUUACUGAGAUUUUUCUUAGAUUUGGUUAUGAUUCGAUCACCACAUCCACUCGACAUGGAUAAAAUAAUUGAGUUGAUAACCCAGCCUAUAUACAAUUAUCACCAAAAUCUACAAACUUUCCAAUCAAAUAACAAUUCCAUUAUGCCUGCGAGACUUUCAAGCUCUCCUGUCCAAAAUCAACUACAGCUUAACAGAGUUCCCCUUGGGUUUUCGUCACCUCUUCCACCGGCUCCAAAUCAACCUGUGAAUUUUAAUAGUUAUAACGAUGAAAAUCUCACUGCUAUUCAUAAACAAGCCUUGGUCAACAUAGCCAAAGUUGUGGGUAUCAUGGUGUCGGCGUCUUCCAUUUUAAAAUCUCUUCCAUCUUCCCAUUCUGAAAAUUUGAAUUAUGCUGAUAAUGCCAAAAUACCUACUCCUAACCCCAAGCAGAUAGAGUUAGCUCAACGUUCUUUGGCUCAAAUCAGACAGUAUCUUACCACCAUAUCCCAAAACAACAAUGCUCGAAAGCAUAGCCUUGUCGAUAAUAGUUUACCGAUGUCCGUUAAUAAUAGCUUGAAUGAAAGAGUUGUUGUCAUAUUUUCACUUCUCUGCCUUGGAGAAAUGGGUAAGGAAUGCGACCUGUACACCUAUUUUGAGGACGUGCUGCAAGAAAAUGUGUGUGAUUUGAUGUCUGUUUGUUUUAAAUCCCCUUGUGAGGAUAUCAAAUUUGCGGCCGCCUAUGCUCUGGGAAACAUUGGUUCAGGGAAUUUGUAUAAAUUCAUACCAUAUAUACUUUUGGAAAUACAAAAAUCUCCCAACAAACAAUAUUUGCCUCUACACGCCCUCAAAGAAAUUUUAAACGAUCGUUCUCCUCUCACAUUUUCCCGUUUAUCGUGCCAUAAUGUUAAACCUAUAUGGUCUGCCCUUUUAGAUAACAUAAAUUUAUUAGGUUCUGGGGAGGAAGGAACGCGUAAUGUUAUCUCGGAAUGCCUUGGGGAGUUUUGCGCCCUAGAUCCCGAGGGCUUAAUUCCCGCCCUCGACCACACUUUAAGUUCACUGAACAACGGAAUCAAAGCAGCAGAUGACAAGAUUCAUUUGGAUGCCAAUGAAACGAGUCUGUCUGCUACAAAAUCACUGGCUAAAUGUACAGUAGUCGCAUCAAUAAUUCAUUGCGUCUCGUCCACUGCUCAACAAAGGAAUCAAAACGUUAACGGGGGCCUUUCCCACCAUUUACAAUCACAGGUCAAUUAUUCUGGCCUUUCAACUUGCUCCAAUAACAAAAACCAAUUGGAUGAUAAUAUAUCAGAAAACCUGGACAAUCCAAUAGAUUUUGACAAUGGCCCUCCUUCUUUUAUACAAAACCAACACAAUUAUCCUAAAUACGCUCAACAAAUCAAUUGCAUGAGCACGAUAGAUAAAUUGCUCAAGAACCAUUUCGGAAGUUUUCUAUCGAGUCUACAGGAUGGAGACCCGAAUGUUAGAAGGAUGGGAUUGAUUGCCUUAAAUUGUGCGGCCCAUAAUAAACCCUUUCUGGUCAGGGACUCCUUAAAAGAGAUCUUGCCUUACCUUUAUAACGAAACUAAAAUUAGGAAGGAACUAAUAAGGGAAGUCGAAAUGGGGCCUUUUAAACAUUCCGUGGACGAUGGUUUAGAUUUAAGAAAGACAUCCUACGAAUGCAUGUAUACUCUGGUUGAUUCUCCAACCUGCUUCGAGAAAUUAGAUUUGGAUCAAUUCCUAAAUCACGUCGAAACGGGUCUUAAAGAUCAUUACGACAUUAAAAUGCUGACUUACUUGAUGCUAUCACGCUUAGCCUGCCUUUGUCCCUCUGCUUUGCUUUUACCAAGAAUUGAACGGUUGUUGGAACCUUUGAAGACAAUUUUAAAUAGCAAAGUCAAAGCAAAUUCCGUUAAACAAGAAUUUGAGAAACAAGAGGAUCUUAAACGAUGCGCUCUUAGGGCUUCUAUAUCCUUAUUAACCUUACCCGAUGCUGAUAAGAAUGCUUUUGUGAUUGAGUUUCAAAAUUUUGUGAAGUCGAAUACAGAACUGAAUGCCAUAUACGAUUCUCUGAACAAAGAAAUUUCUUCAACACAUACUAAUUAAACGAUUUUCCAUAUAUGUAACUUUUAGAUCCUUUUUUUUAUUUUCAUUUUUUUCAACUUAUUAAUCCCAACCUAAAGUUUUAAUAGUUUUUAUAUAUAAGUUUUCAAUCUAUAAGCUGAUUUUAUUAUAAUAA